GCCUGAUCCCGCGGGCGGCUUGCCUGGGGGAGCUGAAGGCUUUUGUGGUCGCUCACAGCCACAUGGACGUGGGCUGGGUUUACACAGUGCAGGAUUCAGCAAUCAGAGUGACUUCUGGCAUUUCGAAAUGAGCAUCUCUCAUCUUCAGUCUCUGGGGCCUGAUCCAGAGAGAUGCAAUAUGUGACAGUAACUACUGAAGCUAGUGGACACUGACCUCUGUCUUUUGGCAGGGGAGUUAAUCUCUGUAACCCUGACCUAUGUCAACUGACUGAGAGUUCAUCUCUAUCACUUGGAAGUUGCAUAGAUGUUGGCAGAUUCGAUUUGGCUGGUUGUAACUUGCCAUUAGAGACGGAAAGCAUGCAUGCCUAUGCAGCCAAUGUUUAUACUUCUGUUGUAGAAGAACUAAUGAAAGGAAAGCAACGCAAAUUUAUUGCUGUGGAGCAGGAAUUCUUUCGCCUCUGGUGGGACACCGUAGCCACAGAUGUACAUAAACAGCAGGUACAUCAGUUACUUCAAGAAGGGCGACUAGAAUUCAUAAUUGGAGGUCAGGUGAUGCAUGAUGAAGCUGUGACACACAUCAAUGACCAAAUUUUACAGUUAACAGAGGGUCAUGGAUUUUUGUAUGAAACCUUUGGGAUGAGGCCUCGAUUUUCAUGGCAUGUAGAUCCCUUUGGAGCUUCUGCUACUACACCUACCCUUUUUGCUCUGGCUGGAUUUAAUGCCCACCUUAUCUCUCGCAUUGACUACGAUCUGAAGGACGACAUGCAGAAAACCAAGAAGCUUCAGUUCGUGUGGAGGGGCUCUCCCUCUUUAUCUGAAAACCAUGAGAUCUUCACUCAUGUUAUGGAUCAGUACAGCUACUGCACCCCAUCGCAAAUACCCUUUUCAAACAGGUCUGGGUUCUAUUGGAAUGGAAUUGCAGUUUUCCCAGAUCCACCAAAAGAUGGUGUUUACCCCAACAUGAGUGUCCCUGUUACUGAUGCCACCAUUCACCUUUAUGCACAGACCAUGGUGGCAAACAUUAAAAAGAGGGCAGCCUGGUUCCGAACUGCUGAUGUCCUAUGGCCUUGGGGCUGUGACAAACAGUUCUUUAAUGCAUCAGUUCAGUACUCCAACAUGGACCCAUUAUUAGAUUAUAUUAACAAGCAUGCUGAUCAAUUUGGAGUGACCGUCCAGUAUUCCACUGUCAGUGAUUACUUCCAGGCAUUGUAUAACAGAAACCUCACAUGGGACAUUCAAAAUUAUCAAGACUUUCUCCCGUAUUCAACAGAACCAUUUCAAGCGUGGACUGGGUUUUAUACUUCCCGCAGUGUUUUAAAAGGAAUUGCACGGAGAGCAAGUUCACUUCUCUACGCUGGAGAGUCGUUUUUCACACAGUAUGUUCAGAAAUACCCAGCAGGUUCUGUUUGUAAAUUCUGGGCCUUACAGCAGCUCCGCAGUCUUAGAUGGGCAGUCUCUGAGGUUCAGCACCAUGAUGGUAUAACAGGGACAGAAUCCCCCAAGGUGAAGGACAUGUAUAUGAAUCAUUUGAUGGAUGGAAUAGUUAAUGUGAAGAAACUGAUGGCAUCCAUAAUUUUAGACAUAGACAAUGCCAAGAAGAAUGGAAAACUCUAUUCUUAUGUUUACAAUAAAGACACAGGAAAACGAGGUACAAGGAGUGUUGAACAAUACAUUAUUGUCUAUAAUCCCCUGGCGUGGAACAUCACUACCUUUGUCGUCGUUGCUAUGAGCUACUCAGCAGUCAGUGUGUAUGAUGAAUUGGGACAUCCUGUACCGGCACAGAUCCAAAGCUCAGCAGAAUACCCCUCUACCUACGAUCUGUAUAUUCUUGUCACAAUAAGUGGUCUCAGUUACCGAAGAUACUGUGUUAAGUUAUCAGCUGACAAGGAAUCCGCAUUCAUUGCGAGAUCAGUUAAAUAUGGACGAAAAGUCAUAAAGCAUGCUGAUCAUCAGAGUAGACGGCUGAUUCCUGUGCUUAACGACUGCUACACAGUGAUGUUUGACCAAAAUACUAAUCUAAUGCACAGCAUUACUGACAGGAAGACUAACCAGACUGUCCAAGUAACUCAGGAGUUUCUUGAAUAUCAUGUGAACGGAGAUGUGAGGAAGGGGCCCAUUUCAGAUAACUACUUAUUUACCUCAAAUGGAUCAGCUGUUGAAGAAUCAGAAGCAGUGGGACUGGAAGUUGUUUCUGGAAACCUAGUGAGAGAGAUCAGGCAAUAUUUUUACAGGAAUAUAACUGCUCAGGAUUACAUGUAUGUGGCAUAUUCAAGAAUCUACAGUGUACCAGGAGGUUAUGAUGAUAAGCUGCUUUGCCACAGGAUAGAACAAGAAUACAGGGUUGGACCUUUGGAACUAAAUCGUGAGGCAAUCUUCAGAACAAGCACAAAUUUAAACACUAAGCAGACACUUCACACUGACAACAAUGGCUAUCAGAUGCAGAAGAGACCAUACAAGGCCUAUGUGAAUAAUAGAGUGGCUCGGAACUAUUAUCCUAUGGUCCAGACUGCCUACAUUGAGGAUGACAGCAUGAGGCUGAUUCUGCUUGCAGAAAGAUCUCAUGGUGUCUCAAGUCAAGGAAAUGGCCAAGUGGAGGUGAUGCUUCAUAGGAGACUAUGGAAUAACCUUGAGUGGGACCUGAAUUACAAUCUCACUUUGAAUGACACCUCGGUGGUUCGGCCAAUGUUCUGGCUCAUUUUAGGAACUAAGCCAGCCGCUGAUGUUCUGUAUCAGUCAAGUGCUCUGGCUUUAGAACACAGACCAGUUGUUAUGUAUGGAGAGCUAACAGACAAACCAAAGCGGCAUCGAGAACUUCAUUCUGUUCAGAGAGAUCCUGUAACCCUCCCAGCCAACCUACAUCUCCAGACUCUAAGCAUUCCUGGGUGGACAUACAGCUCCAACCACACUGAGCAGCUACAGAAUAUUUACAGAGGUAUACGAAAGCAAGAGGAUGCAGACUUCAGACGUGUACUUCUAAGAAUCAGGCAUAUGUAUGAAGUGGGAGAGGAUCCUGUGCUAUCACAACCUGCAACAGUGAAUCUGAAAGUAAAAUUAAUCACUCCUGCUAAAGCACCGCUUAGGGGUUGUCUACACGGUGGGUCUCUGUUGAAAGGGUUGGGAACAGUGGAGUUGGUGGAAGAGCGGUCGCUCACAGGAACCUGGGACAUAAACACUUUGGAGCGAUGGAAAUGGAAAUCAGCACAACAUAUAAGCAAAGGGCUCUCCAGUAAUACAAAGAAGACCACAGAAAACUCUACUGUGACUAUUCACCCAAAGGAAAUUAGGACCUUUUUUGUGUACUUUCAAGGUCAAUAAAAGUUUGCAGAGUAUUCCUGGGCCAACUGUUGAAUAAUCUGCUGUCUUGCAUCUGAAGAAGUGAGGUUCUUACCCACUAAAGCUUAUGCUCCCAAUACUUCUGUUAGUCUUAAAGGUGCCACAGGACCCUCUGUUGCUUUUAACCUGCUGCUGUUGUUUUUUAAAGAAAUGAAGCAACCGUUUUGAGAACUUUUUUCCUACUAUUGUAAAUGGAAGGAAUAAUUCUUCUUUAAUAAACUGUAAAACUUGAUUAAAUUAUCAAAAUUA